ACGCAUUCUCAGUUUUCCGCAGCUUCAUCGGAAGUACACACGCGGCAUCAUACAGGUUUCAUCUCGCGCUCUGAUAAAUCCACCGGAGUGACGGCACAGAUUCGCAAUAAAGAAGAUUAUUAUAUUACAUCUUCGUCUAUCGCAGUGUUUUUGUUCUCGAAAAUCUUUUGCUAUAAACUAGUUUGAUUUACGGUCGUGUUUAAGUCAACAUGUGUGCACCAGUUGUGUUGUGACUUAAUCAUGUGUCAACGUUUGGAUUAUUGGAUGGUGUGAAUUCAUUUCAUUAUGCACAAUGGAGGAUGAUAGUGACUUGUUUAAUUUACCAAUCCGAUAUCGGCCCGAAGACAUUCACAAACUAUGCUCCAAAACAAAAUUCACGAGAAAAGAAAUUCAGUUGAUGUAUCGAGGAUUUAAACAGGAAUGUCCAACUGGGAUGGUAGAUGAGCAAUCGUUCAAACACAUUUUUUCUCAAUUCUUUCCGUUGGGAGAUGCUAAUAAUUAUGCUCAUUACGUAUUCAAUACAAUGAAGCAGAAGAAUAGUGAGAAAAUUAAUUUUGAGAAUUUCUUGGAUAUUUUGUCAAAAGUAUCUCGGGGUAGCACCCAAGAAAAACUCCAGUGGGUAUUUGGCCUCUACGACCUAGAUGGGGACGGCUUGAUAUCGAAAACCGAAAUGGUCGAUGUAGUUAGCAGUAUCUACGAGAUGAUGGGACGCUCGACAGAACCCACCGUAGAAAAUGGAAGUGCCAAAGAGCAUGUCGAAAAAAUCUUUCACCUUAUCGAUACUAAUAAAGAUGGGGCCGUUUCCAUCGAUGAACUUGUUCAAUGGUGCACUAGAGACGAAAGCUUUUUGAAUUCGUUAGAUACACUCGAUACAGUAUUGUGAUUUAAUUACUUUUAAGUUAAACGCACUAACAAAUGAUAUAACGUAAACCGAAGUCUACAAAAACGGAGUAAAAACCACAAAAAUAGAAAUUAAAUAAAAAAACACAACUAAAAUAUUUAAAACGUGUAAAAAUGGCCUUUUCCUAGAAUUGAAAGUAUUUUACAAGAUCGAGUUUCUCAAUUUCAUUUUUAGUUUUAUUUGCGAGCGCGACAUAUGAUACUUUAUAUUAUAUUGGAAAAUUCAACCAAGAAUGUUUAUUUUUAGAUUGGAGAUAGAGAUGUGAUAGACGCAAUAAAAACCUUGACAAAAUCUUGGUUGAUUUUUGAAUUUGAAACUCUAUCCUGUAAAUCAGCUCAAAAUAAAAUUAAAAUGAAACAAAAAAUUUAAUAAAACUGCUUGAAACAUGAAUUUAAUAAUGUAAAUAAAUAAAAAUUAAAUUAAAUACGGGUAAUACUAAUAUAUUAAAAAUUGUAUAAUUUUGGGGGCCAACGUAAUAUUACGCAGUAUAUUCGACUAAGUUACCUACUUAAUUUUUAAUUUUUACAAUUUUAUUACAUGGCAUUUAUAUUAACUCGUUUUUGCCACGUUAAAGUUAUUGUUCAGUGGAUGUCAUCAAAAGUUAAUUAAGCCGAGAAAACGCAGGAUAAUUUAUCGUUUCGCCUGCGAAUUGUUUGCAACUUUGCGCUGAGUUGGUGAAACAUUUUAAUGUCGACGGAAACUCAAUUCGGUGUAAGUGAAAAGUAGCAAAAGGGAAAACGAUAAUGUACAGCCAGGAUAAUAAUAAGAAACAAUUAAAUUUUGCCUGCAUGAUUAUUGUACACAUUACGGACUUCAUCUACUUAAAACUCAUUUUCGAAAAGCAUAUUUUUAAUAACUUUUGCUUAAAAUCUUCAAAAUAGUUCCCUCAAAACUAAAAAAAUAAUUGUUACUUCCAAAGUUUCUAAAAUCAAAAAAUAAAACUUCUGCAUCUUCCACUAUUGAAAAAAUCUUGACUAUAUAUCUAUUUCGCAAUAAAUUAUCAAUAUUUAACAUGUUCAAAUAUACAUUUCAAAUAUAUUAAAAGUAUGGAGAUAUCUUAUAAUUGGGAACAAAAAAAAGGAAGCAGUGAUGUGUUGAUAACAAGAAAGCAAUUAAAAAAUAAAUAUCAAAAACGUUUCAAUAUUUCUGAUCAACUGUGGAUUGAAUUUGAAUGGAAUCUUCCAAUAUUUGUUCUAAAUUGAAAUUUUUGGCACGAAUAAGAACGUAUGUAGUUGCGUAGAGAUUGAUGAUAGAUUUUUAUAAACCUGGAACAAUAAAUCGACGAAAAACUUCAAUGUUACAAGUUGUUAAGAUUUCGAUAACUUUCGAUAUGUAAUAUUAAUUAUAUUGUAGUCAUUCUAUUACAUGGAAUAACAGUCUUGUUGUAAAUGAAAUUAUAUUCAAAUAUUUAUUAAAUCUUUAUCUGUGUUAAUAUAAAAAUUUAUUCUUAAA